CACAUGUAAUGUUUUCAGAAUUUUUCGUAAUAUUUCUCUACAACGCAUAGACGGUCACAAUAUUAAAAAAAAAAAAAAAGUACCGCACCAAAAUUUUGUAUUCGAAAAACGUAAAAGCGAGACAAACGCGCACUCAAAAGCUGUAGAUAUGUCUUAUAGACUCGCUGUACACUGCUUGGCUGUGAUUUGAAAAUGCAAAUGCGAAUAAAUAUUGGCCAUUAAUCGGUACGUGUCCAUGAUUCCCGAGUGUUUAUAGACUUUGGCGUUUGGCACUUCGACUGGCGGAUUUCCAUCGGCGCAAUUUAAGCGCUCCGAAUGGGGUGUAUUCUCAAAGCCAAUGCGCAGCGAAGAGCAUAUGCUCGCACUUUGAUGAAUAUAGUCGGAAUAGUACGAACUACCAGAGGAACGCUAAAAUUAGACAAUCCGCAAAUGUAGCGCCGCUCCACGCAGCCAAAGCGACCGUGUUCGUGUGUGUGUGUCGCACGAAUGCAUACAAAAACACUUACACUCUGGUAUAUAUGGACGUCCGUGUGCGAGCACUUGCCGGGCGGUCUCUGGCAGCGGCGCGGCGUGUGUCGUGGGUUGUGGCAUUGACGGUGUCGGGGACGCGGUGCGGUCUGCCUUUCGGCUGAAUGUUUUGUUUCAAAAUUCAAAUUAAAAUCAGCAGCCAGCGUCGCACAGCAGCGGGCAGCUGAAGGAAUACAAUUAAUUGCGAGCGUUUUUUGUGAAUGUGCUCGGCAUGCUGCUCAGUCAGUUCGGUAUUGGAAUUUGCAUUUGACGUGUCGUGGAGCGGAUGAACGGGUUUGCGGAAUUCGGUAUCAACUUUAAAUCUUCGAAUGCGCCGUGUCGUUGCACCGUUGAGUCGUUGGAGUGUGGCGCUGCUGCUUGUGUGUGUGUUGCGUUGUACGCCCGCUCGUGCCAUAGUGGAUGCUGCAAACUGUUGGGAGGACAGUGAAGCAUGUCUUAUAGAGGCGACGCUGCAUCGGGUGGAUGAGCCGCUACAGUCUGCAGGACUGACGGUGCAAAUCGAUUGUCAAACAGAACUUCAGCUGUCGACGACUGGUGAGAACAGUCGCGCGCCCGCUUAUCUCAAGCGGCCACUGGAAAGUUUACUGCUCGAUGGCUGUCACACGCCGCUGGACGUUGAAACCUAUGGCAUGGAGUACGUACCCUACUGCGGCACUGUGCCGGUGGUGCAAAUGGAGCGCUUCCACGCAGAUACGCUGCAGCCCUUCAAUUGCCCUGCUGCAAACAACAGCCUGUUGGAGUUGGAAAUACUGCGCUAUCAAAAUAAUGAACUGGCCACCAUAGGCACAGACGCGUUCGCGAAUCUACCACGUUUGCGUGAACUGUAUUUCGUGCGCAAUUCGCUGCGUCACAUUGCGCGUUCGGCUUUUGAUACGUUACGCGUCGUGGAGCGUAUACAUAUCGCGCAUGAACCUUUGUUGGCGCUCAAGGAUGGCGAUCUGUUCGAACGCACCGGCGUUGCUGAUCUACAGCUGCUGCAGUUGAAACACAUUACGUCCGAGCUGUUUGGACAACUGCCGGAGACGCUGCGUCAAAUAGUCGUCGAACGCACCAGCUUCGAUGACGACGCCAUUGUGGUGAGUAAUCCCCAACUGCUGCGCAAUAUAUCAAUCAACGGCUGCACCUUGAAAUCGUUCAAGCUGCUCGAGUCCGCACAAACAACCAGCGUGCGUUACAUCAACUUGAGCGGCAAUGCUUUGGUUGAUUUUCGUGUGGAUUUUCUCAGUGACGACAGCAACACAUCGAUUGUGGCCGUGGAAACGCUUGAUUUGAGCGAAAAUGAGCUCACGCAACUGCCGUUGUCAUGGCUGAGCGAAUUGAGAAAGCUGCGCCAUUUGUUGUUACGCGGAAAUCGGCUGAAGACACUCUCAUUAGCGGAGUUGAUGUCCACAAUACCAGCGCUGACGUCACUGGAUUUGCGCGACAAUGAGCUGACGUCGCUACACGAUGCAGCCGCUGUGAGCGCAUUAAGUUGGGCGCAAGUGCGCAUACAAAUCGACCGAAAUCCAUGGCAUUGCCUGUGGCUGCUCGACUUUGCGCACACACACCCCGAAAAGUUCCGCGUCUUCCAGUAUGCCAAGUACAUUUCGCAAAUCAAUGUGAACGGUCUGCAGUGUAUGCCGGUUGAGGUGUCGCCAUCAGCGGACAAUGUCACCGAAAGUGAGCCAACUGUGAAUGAAACAACAACAACACAAGCAACAACGAUAGUGCGUGGUAUACAAAUACAUGGCCGGAAUAUGGGUGUGGUCAACGCCUCCACCUACAAGCUAAUCUAUGGCGGUCCGUGGGAAUAUAAGCGCAGUCAACGCGCUGAGGCGCUGAUAAUUGUGUUUAUGCUGCCGGUGGGCGUGGCAUUACUCUUCCUUCUACUCUACAUGUGGAUCAACUGCCAGAAGGUGUUCCACUUGUCAUACUAUCGUUCCUUCACUUGGCCACAACGCAAUGUGCGUGGACGCUUCACAAGCGCGGAGCGUUUCGAUGUGGUGCGCCAGCUGCCACCUACCCCCAACGCCAUGAAUGACAAUAUUAACAACAACGAAGACUACGAGACGCCGCUGAAUGGCAUCGGCUCUGUGUGCAACUGCAACAAUAUUGGCGCGGCAACUUAUGUCAAUGAGAAGUGCAACAAACCACAUCACAUCACCUACGAAGAGUUGCCUGCGGAGCGACCGUAUAAAAUCUAUGAGGAGAUAAUCGGCGAUGAUGGCACGGACACCGAGACGUAUGCGCAACCUUUUUACGAUCACCUUUCGUUCACACAACCGGCCAAAAGUGAUAUCACCGAUUCCACAUGAAACGAAGGUAAACGUUCGUAUUUGUGUGAGUGAUUGUGUGAGAGCAGCUGAUCGCGGGAAAAUGGCUACAAAAUAGCAUGGACACCACAAGCUGCCUCAAACAGCUGAUCGAUCUUAACCAUUGUUUAUGGAAAUACUAAUGUACAUAUAUAUAAAGCAAUUAUUUGUACUUACACAUGUAUAUAUGUAUGAAUAUAUAUAUACUCAUAUAUAUAAUAUACAAUAGUUUUUAUUGACCGA